AUGGAGGAAUCACCAAGGGGUUACACGACCGGCAGCCUCUACAGCGGCGAUGGCACGACUACCCAGCCGCACACACCGCACCUCGGGCUCACCGAAGCUGAGCUCUACAAGCGGAGCAUCCCUGACGUCCCCGAGGAUGUGGACUAUUACAUGGAGCACUUGAAUGACCCCAAUUUCGAUUUGAAGGCUAAUAGGCCUGGGUCUAUUUCGAGUACUAGUUAUUCGAUGGAGACGAAGAAGAAGUAUCCGGGAUGGGAUCAGUCGGAUACUGAGUCCCAGUUUGAUAGGUACUCGAGUACGAGGGCGGAGUCGAGGCAUUCGGCUGUUAUUGAGUUUGAUGAGGAGUCGCCUUAUCCUGAAGUUCGUGCUUCAGUCUCGAGUGUCGAUGAUCCUUUGAUGCCUGUGAACACAUUCCGAAUGUGGUUCCUUGGGUUGUUCUUCGUGUUUGUUAUCACGUUCUUCAACCAGAUUUUCGCCAUGCGAUACCCAUCCGUCUACGUCACCGGCAUCGUCGUACAGCUCAUCGCGCUCCCCUGCGGAAAAGGCCUCGAGCGAAUCCUCCCCAAGACCGUCUUCAACUUCUUCGGCUACAAAUGGAGUCUCAACCCGGGCCCCUUCUCAAUCAAAGAGCACGUCUGCAUCACCGUCAUGGCCAACGCCGUCUCCUGGGGCAUCUACAUCACCGAAGUCUCCCUCUCCCAGCGCGUCUUCUACGGCGUCGAGGUCCCCUACUCGUUCCAGAUCCUCAUCGCGCUCGGCUCGCAUAUCUUUGGGUUCUCCCUCGCUGGCUUCCUCCGCCGCUUCGUCGUCUACCCAUCCAGCAUGAUCUGGCCCGGCGCCCUCGUCAACUCGGCUCUCUUCAACACCCUCCACAAGAACUACGGUGUGCGGGAUAAGGGCCAUAUGUCGCGCGAGAGGUUCUUCCUCAUCGCGACUGCUGCCAGUUUUGUGUGGUAUUGGGUCCCCGGGUACCUGUUCACUGGUCUCUCGAUGUUCAGCUGGAUUUGCUGGAUUGUGCCGGAGAAUGUCACUGUUAAUGCCUUGUUUGGUGUCAACACUGGGUUGGGCAUGAGUGUUCUCACUUUUGAUUGGUCCAUGAUCGCCUUUGUGGGCAGUCCGUUGGUCACUCCUUGGUGGUCUGAGAUGAAUACCGCCGUCGCUUUCAUCGUCGUGUUCUGGAUCAUCUGCCCUAUCAUCUACUUCACGAACACCUGGGAAACCAGUUUCUUCCCCAUCUCCGACUACUACUCGUUCGACAACACUGGUGGCCUCUACGAUGCCACGGCUAUCCUCACCGACGGUGUUUUCGACCAAGCCAAGUACUCAGCCUACUCCCCGGUCUUCAUGUCUUCCUCCCUCGCUUUGGCUUAUGGCGUCGCAUUCGCCGCUUUCCCGGCCAUCUUCGUCCACACCUUCUUGUGGUUCCGCAAGGACAUCCUCCGCCGCUUCCGCAGCAGCCUCAAGGACGAACGAGAUGUGCACUCACGCCUCAUGCAAUACUACCCCGAAGUUCCCGGUUGGUGGUACGCUGUUGUCGGAGUCAUCUCCUUCGUCUUCAUGGUCAUCGCCCUCGAGGUCAACCCGGCCAGCCAGCUGCCCAUCUGGGGUCUCUUCCUCGCCUGCGGUAUCGGCAUGAUCCUCGCCCUCCCGCUCGCCAUGCUCCAAGCCAUCACCAACCAGUCGAUUCCUACUCAGGUCAUGGCUGAGCUCAUCAUCGGCUACAUCCUCCCCGGCCGCCCCAUGGCCAACAUGGUGUUCAAGGGUAUCAUGUUCAGCACCGGCCAGCAAGCCGUCCAGUUCGCUGGCGACCUCAAGCUCGGCCACUACAUGAAGAUCCCUCCUCGCCUCAUGUUCACCCUCCAAAUGGUCGCUGCUACCAUCAGCUGCUUCCUCGUCACCGGCAUGCAGACCUGGAUGUUGACGCACAUCCCUGAUGUGUGCACGCCCCAGCAGAAGGACGGGUUCAGCCCCGGCGCGAUGUACUCGGGCCUGUUGUGGUUCUUCCUCAUCGGCUUCGUGCUCCCCAUCCCGUGCUACUUCCUCGCCCGCCGCUACCCGCUGUCGUUCUGGAGGUACAUCAACAUCCCCGUCGCCUUUGCCGGCUUGGGUGCGAUGCCCCCUGCCUCUGGCAUCAACUACAUCUCAUGGGCUCUGGUUGGGUUCAUCUUCAACUAUGUCAUUCGCAAGUACCACUUCCGUUGGUGGAUGCGCUAUAACUACAUCCUCUCGGCUGCGCUCGAUGCUGGUGUGGCGUUUGCGAUGAUCGUGAUCUUCUUCACGCUCUCUAUGCCCAAGGGCGGUAUUGAGUUGAAUUGGUGGGGCAUGAUUCUUCUUCUCUACAGUGUGUGGCAGAAUACUGCUGAUGCCUUUGGUGCCUCCUUGAAGGUUAUCGGAGAGGGAGAGAUCAUCGGUCCCUCUUCGUGGUCAUAA